UCCCCGCGCCACGCAGCGUCCCCGUGCGCGCGCCCCCGUGUCCGCCCUCCGCCCCGACGCGCGCCUCGAGCCCGUCCUCGUCCUCGCCGAGCACCGCGUCAUCGUGCCCAGUGUCCAGUGGCCUCUACCCGUCGACGCGGACCUGCGCGGCCGCCACCAGAGUCCGUCCUGCCGCCCCCCGGUCGUCGCGGGGCAGAGUUCGUCGCCGUCCUCGUGGCUUGAAGGGGGCCCUCGAAGGGCAGCAGCGCUGAGCAGCCCGUCCAAGGGCGAGUCGGAGGACGAGUCGGAGGACGAGUCGGAGGACGAGUCGGAGGACGAGUCGGAGGACGAGUCGGAGGACGAGGCGGAGGACGAGGCAAGGGCGGCGAUGGCCUACGUUCCCGUGCCGCCGAGGCCGGUCGCCUUCCUGCACGCCAAGAACAUGGGCGACGGCUCGCCCUACUGGGGCGGCACCGACGUGGGGCUACCCCCCAUGGGGCCCAUGGCGUCCAUGGUGCCGGCCGGGCACUGCGGGCACACCGUCAGCCCCGCGCCCAGCAGCCUGACGCCGCCGCGCUCCGAGGACGACUACUACUACCACCCGCAGCCCUACGUGCACGUCCACGCCCACGUCCACGCGCACGUGCACGACCACGUCCACGACCACGUCCACGACCACGUCCACGGCCUCGACCACGUGCACGACCACGUGCACGACCACGGCCUGGAGCACGCGCACGGGCCGCAGCACCCGCCCGUCAACCAGCUCUACACGCCGCCCGUCUUCAACGAGGGCCAGCCUGUGAUGCGUGUGGUUCGGCGCAGGAACACGGCCAACAAGAAGGAGAGGCGAAGGACGCAGAGCAUCAACAACGCGUACGCCGACCUGCGGGACUGCAUCCCCAACGUGCCCGUCGACACCAAGCUGUCCAAGAUCAAGACGCUGCGGCUGGCGGCGUCCUACAUCGCGUACCUGGCCGGCAUCCUGGAGAGCGGCGACACCUCGGCGGCGGGCCACGGCUUCCGGGCGGAGCUGCUGACGCAGGCGGGAGGGAGGCGGCCGGGGCGCAGGGGCGGCGACAUGGUUGGCGGCUCUGUGGACUGCGGGGAGGGCGCCAAGUCCAAGGGCCGGACGGGCUGGCCAGAGCACGUGUGGGCCCUGGAGCUCAAGCAGGAGCAGGUGUGAGUCGACUCCAGCCGACG